AUGUCUUCCGCAAAAGAUUCACAUACCACCUUGCCUGCUUCCCCACUAAAGCCGUCGUAUUGGUCGACCCCCGCAUUCGCCCUGCAUGCCGUACCGAUAUCCUACGCCAUGUCCUGGCCGCCUCACAUCUACCUAUUCAGCCGUAUCAUGAAAGCGUCCCACUACGCCGCCUCGAACAUUACGCCGCGCGCAAAUCUCGAACUGCUGGGCCCCACUCUUCCAAAAGCAACGACAGAUAUGCUCUGGCGAGCGAGAGGCUGCCAUCUCAACGCGCUGGAAGGAUUUCCGCUCUUCGCUGCUGCCAUGCUUGCAGGGACAUACACCAAGGUUGACACCAAAGAACUCAAUUUCUGCGCGGCGGAAUACCUCGCUGCAAGAGCGCUGUAUAGCGUGCUGUACAUGACUGUGCGGAGCGAGAAGGCCAGUUAUCUUAGAUCGGCCGUGUAUUUGUGGACAGUAGGGAUUCCUUUCUACAUUUUCUGGAAGGCUGGAUGCAAGAUGGCUCAAAGAAACCAAGGAGACGUUGUAGAAUUGGGGCGGAUAGAUCUUGAUGCGUGA